UUUUACCUGGUCCAUUACCUGAUUAUUCAUUUGAUUUAUAUAUUUCUAUUUAUUUAUUAUUUUGUCCACUGUCCAUUGAAUGGUCAAUAUUUUACUAGAUACUUAAAAUGACACCCGGUUUCUUUCAAAGAAUUCAAUAUGAAUUUCAAUCUAUACGUUGUGAACCAAUUGUUUAUCAUAAUCCUAAUCAUCGCCAUCAACAUCGUCAUCAAUCAUUGAUUCAUUGGAUUAAAUUUCGUUUACGUGGUAAUCGUUCACGAUUAUUAUUGAUAACUUGCGUCACUAUAAUCAUAUUGUUAUUAAUGUAUAUUGGCGGUAUAUUUGUCCAUCCAUUUGAAACAAUAUUUGAUGGUGAAAAUUUUCAUUAUCCACUUUAUAUGAAAGAUUUUCGUUAUUUUAUUGAAAAUGUUAAACAAAAUUCGGCCAAUAAUGCACUUAAACCUAUACAUAAUUAUUCAUAUGAUUAUCAUUUGAAUCCUAAAUUUAAAUGCCAGCAAAACUUCGAUAAUAUGGGUACAAAUUCAACAUCAUCACUGUAUUCAAACAAUCCAAUAACAUUGUUGCUGGUUAUUAAAAGUGCAACAUGUAAUUUCCUGUUACGAAAUAUUAUUCGCCAAACAUGGGGUAAUGAACAACGUUUUAGUGAUGUUCAAAUUCGUACUGUUUUCAUGUUGGGCAAAUGUUCAUCAUCGGUGAAUCAAUUUCGUUGUCCAAAUACAUUCCAUCAUUAUCCGAAUAUAGUGUUUACGAAAAAAUCACAAAAAUUUCGUUCCAUAUUUGCGUUCAAUCAAACAGUUGAUUGUCAACAAUUGAUCGAUAUUGAAAAUCAAUUCUACAAUGAUCUCGUUCAGGCGGAUUUCAUUGAUUCAUAUUAUAAUAAUACAAAAAAAACUAUGGCCUCAAUACAAUGGACUGCACAGAACUGCCAUCAAGUGCCGUUUAUUUUAUUUGUUGAUGAUGAUUAUUAUAUAUCGAUAAAAAAUUUGCUCAAAUUUACUCGUAAUUAUCUACGUCUUAUUAUACAACCAAAUUCAUCAAUGCAGCCAUCAAAUGAUUAUGAUUCCGGUUUAAACGAUAAUCAAGAUCUAUGGCAAGAUAAUGAUUGGUUUUAUAAACAACAACAGCAACAGCCACAUCAAUUUGAUGGCCGAUUAUAUGUUGGCUAUGUAUUUGCUAAUUCACAUCCACAACGACAUUUAACAUCAAAAUGGUAUAUUAGUCUGGAUGAAUAUCAAUGGAAUAGAUAUCCACCAUAUGUAACUGGUGGUUGUUUUCUAGUCAAUAAUCAAACAGUUAUCGAUCUUUAUUAUGCUAGUCUUUAUAGCCAACCAUUUAAAUAUGAUGAUGUUUAUCUUGGCAUAUUGGCAUAUCGUAUGCAAAUCAAUUUAAUCGAUAAUAAACAACAAAUGUAUUUCUAUCCAUUGGAAUAUGAUGGAAAAAAAUAUUCAACAAUUAUCGGUUCACAUGGUUUUCAUGAUCCAAAAUUUUCAGAGCUAAAAUCAAUGCAGCCAUCAAAUGAUUAUGAUUCCGGUUUAAACGAUAAUCAAGAUCUAUGGCAAGAUAAUGAUUGGUUUUAUAAACAACAACAGCAACAGCCACAUCAAUUUGCUAUGUAUUUGCUAAUUCACAAUUUAACAUCAAAAUGGUAUAUUAGUUUGGAAUGA